CCUGGGGCUGCUGGUCGCGAGCCUGAUGCGCCGUCUGCCGCGGCGGCGGCCAGGGCGGCGCGUCGGCGAGGGCGCCGACGUCGACGUGCUGCUCGACGUGCUGCUGAUGCGCCUGCUGCUUGACGAGUGGGCCGACGCGCCCGCCGCUGCCGCGCCUUUGGCGCUGCCCGCGGCUGGUGCGCGGGUGCCCGCAGGUGCCGCUGUGGCGCCUUCCACUCGUGAGUCGACUGGAGCAGGGUUCGGUGGCGAGGGGGAGGGUGCCAUACCGCCCGCGGAGGGUGCGCCUGCGGCGCCUGCUGCUGCUGGCGCGGAGGUGGAGAGCGCCGAGGACGUGGCUUCGGUCAGGGCCGCGCUGAUCUCGGCGUGGGUCAACGCGCCCGGGGCCCCCGUGGCCGCUCUCCAGCCCCACUUCGUGGGCUGGCCCGUCGACCGCCUCCGCGCCUGUCUGGACCAGGCGGUGGAGGCGCCCGGUGCCGGCGCCCGGACG